AUGGUGAAGCAUCGCCUCCGAACAAUUUUUUCUACUUUCAACUUUGCAUGCAGCAUGGGUCUUCUAAGUAAAGUCUAUGAGCUUUGCGACUGCUCUCACAGUCAUGAGAAGCUAAAGAAAAACAAGCAAUUACAGACGGUGGAGAUCAAAGUGAGGAUGGACUGUGAAGGGUGUGAGAGAAUAGUGAAAAAAUCAGUGCAAGGCAUGAAGGGAGUCACUCAGGUUGAGGUGGACCGCAAGCUGAGCAAGCUCACCGUGAUUGGCUAUGUGGACCCCAACAAGGUCCUGUAUCGUGUCAGGCAUCGGACGGGGAAGAAGGCUGAUUUAUGGCCCUAUGUACCGUACGAUGUUGUUCCGCAUCCGUAUGCUCCGGAGGCUUAUGACAAGAAGGCCCCACCUGGGUACGUGCGGAACGUCCUGGAGGAUCCGGAGGCUUCGGCUAUCGCACGUGCCAGCUCCACUGAAGUGAAGUAUACGACGGCGUUUAGCGACGACAACCCAAAUGCAUGUGUGGUCUUGUAA